AUGUGUUCUCCAUACACCAACCAGGCUAACAACUUCGUUCCUCGCAUGGCACAGAAUGGUCAUUUGAAAUCAAGUACAAGCUAUUCAUCACCAUCUAUCGCAGAUACCCUCCGCUGUGGACCUAUACCUGAGGAGCGGUGGUGUCAUCGACGUUCAGCUAAGAAAGUCAGUCUACAGGGGAAGGCCAUUGGUAUGGACGGCGAAGGUGAGACUCUUACUUCUAUCAAUGACUUAAGAUACCCGGCUAAGACAAAUGACACAGAGCAUGCUGAACUCGUUCACGGAAAUACAGAGAAAGCGGGUGCUUGCAACGUAUCUUUCACCGAAGUCUCGAUCACGUUUAUCCCUCUACCAGACUCUAGCACCGACUGCACAAUCAGCAACUGCGUGUUAAACCCUGUUCCUACACCUGACAAGCAAUCUUGUGUUCAGCUAGAUAUCCCGCUUGCUGAGACCCGGAUGUCGUGUUGCUAUCAGUGA